AUGACCUCGCUGAGCCAUUCCUCUGCCAUCCAGCCUGAGGAAGGCAGUGAAGAUCUGAGAGGACUACAUGAUGUGGUACCCCGGGAAUUAGAGCACUCAUCUAUUUUUAUUCCCCUUUCUUCCUCCUACUUGCAAGCUAAGCUCAGCAUCGGCCAGAGGGAAGUAACAAUUCAAAAAGGACCUCUGUACAGAGCCGAAGGUUACCCCGUCAGCAUCAGCUGCAACGUAAGUGGUCAUCAGGGACCUUCUACGCAGGAUUUCCAGUGGUCUGUUUACCUGCCAACAGCCCCAACCAGGGAAGUUCAGAUCAUCAGUACCAAGGAUGCCAGCUUCUCUUAUGCAGUGUAUGCCCAGAGGGUGAAAAGCAAGGAGAUCUACGUGGAGAGGCUGCAGGGCAGCUCGGUCCUGCUGCACAUCGCAAAGCUCCAGAUGAGGGAUGCUGGCGAAUAUGAGUGCUUCACACCCAACACGGAUGGGAAGUACUUUGGAAGUUACAGUGCGAAGACAAAUCUAACUGUGAUUCCCGACACCCUGUCUGCCACCAUGCCCUCCCAGACGCUCAGGAAGAAGGAAGGCGAGCCGUUAGAACUCACCUGCGAGGCCACCAAGGCAACGGCUCAACAUACCCACCUCUCUCUCACCUGGUACCUGGUGCAGGAUGGGGGAGGCGGCCAAGCCAUUGAGAUCAUUUCCCUCUCCAGGGAUUUCCUACUGGCCCCGGGGCCCUCCUAUGCAGAUAGGUUCGCGGCCGGUGACGUGCGGCUGGACAAGCUUGGAGUCACCUCCUUCAAGCUGUCCAUAGGCAAGCUGCAGCCCUCAGAUCAAGGCCAGUUGUUCUGCGAGGCCACAGAAUGGAUUCAGGAUCCAGAUGAAACGUGGACUUUGAUCACAAGAAAGCGGACAGAUCAAACAGCUCUGAGGAUCCAGCCAGCAGCAAGAGAUUUUGAAGUGGACAUCACAGCCAGGAGCUUGCCUGCUGAAGGAAACCCCUUGGAACUGAUUUGCCUGGUUGUGGGCAGAGGUGGUGACCAGAAGCUUCAGGGUACUUGGUUCCUCAACGGGAAGGAAAUCGCCCAGAUCGAUGCUGAUGGGGUCCUGGACCUGAAGACGGACUACAGAGACAGAGCAAGCCAAGGACAGCUGCAGGUUUCCAAGUUAAGCACCCAGACUUUCUCUCUCAAGAUCUUCUCCUUGAGCCCGGAGGACGUAGGCGCCUACAGCUGUGAAGUAGCUGAGGUGGUGAGGACUCAGACCGGCUCCUGGCAGGUAGUUCGGAGAAAGCAGUCGCCAGUCAGCCGGGUGCAGCUGAGGGAGCCGGCAGCAAGAAGUGUGGCUGUGUCUGCCGAGAAGCGGGCCCUGUGGGAAGGAGAGGCGCUUACCCUUCUCUGUAAGGCUGGUGGGGAUGCAGGUCCUCUGUCUGUGAGCUGGUGGCUCAUCCCACAGGACCAGACCACAGCCGUGUUUGUGGCUGGCAUGGGGCAAGAUGGUACUGUGCAGUGGGGAGUCUCUUCUCCGAGCCCCGGGGACCGUAGCGACAGAAAGCUGGAGAAAGUGGACUGGGCUACCUUUCGGCUGGAGACUGGCUCUGCCAUGGUCACAGACAGUGGGACCUAUGAAUGCAGAGUGUCGGAGAGGCCCCAGAACCAGGCCAAAGAUUUGCAGUGGACCCAGAGGAUUUCAGUCACUGUCAUAUCUCUGGAAUCAAGUUUACAAGUAAAUCUGAUGAGCCGGCAGCCACAAGUGACGUUAACCCACACCUUCGACCUGUCCUGCAUCGUGAGGGCCAACUACUCAGAUCUCAAGCUGCCUUUCUCAGUGACUUGGCAAUUCCAGCCAGCUGGCUCCGGGGCCUUUCAGCAGCUCAUUCGAAUCACCCACAAUGGCACAGUUGAAUGGGGGGAUGUCCUCUCCCAGUUCCACAGGAAGACGAAGGUUUCACAGUCUUCAUUCCGUUCCCAACUCCAAAUCCACGAUGCUGCUCUGGAGGAGACAGGGGUGUAUCAGUGCAAAGUGGAAGUUUAUGACAGAAAGUCCCUGUACACAAGUGGUCCCGCCAGAGUAUCUGCCACCUCUAACCUAUUGAGGAUUACCGUCACCUUUCCAGAGAGCAAACUGAGAGUGAACUCAAGCAGUCAAGUCCAAGAGCUCUCCAUCAGCUCCAGCACGCACAUAGAAUGUGCCAUCUUGUCCCGAUCUGCUGGGAACCUUCCAUUGUCUGUCAGUUGGUACUUUUCUCCCACUUCUACAAAUGCAUCCUAUCUGAAGAUCCUAGAAAUGGACCAAACCAAUGUCAUAAAAUAUGGGAAUGAAUUUCAAACCCCUCGGAGCAAGCAAAAAUUUCAUUCUAAGAAAGUGUCCCAAGACUUGUUUCUGCUGAACAUUCUGAGUGUGGAAGACAGUGACCGGGGCCACUACUACUGUGCCGUAGAGGAAUGGCUCUUGUCUACGAAUGGCACAUGGCAAAAGCUUGAAAGAAAGACUUCAGGACUCACAGAAUUGAAACUCAGGCCCACAGGAAGUCAGGUGCACGUCUCCAAAGUGAGGUGGCUGGGAAACGCCACUGAGCAUGGAGAGGUGGGCAUCAGCUGCAGCUUGGAUGGCCCUGGCAGCACGGCCUCCCUCUACUCCGUGACGUGGUACUGGAGCAGAGCAAACGCCGAGAGUCAGAUGCUGGCGCGCCUGCAGUACGAUGGCGUGCUGGAGUACGGCCCGGAGGGACGCAGGAGGCUCCUGCACUGCUUCCGAUCUUCUCCCACAGACUUCGUCCUGAAGCUGCAUCGGGUAGAGAUGGAGGAUGCUGGCAUGUACUGGUGCAGGGUGGCAGAGUGGCAGCCACAGGGCCACCCAGCCAAGUGGAUCAGCCAAGCCUCAAAUGAGUCCCAGCGGAUGAUGCUCAAGGUGCUGCCCUCAGAAUCCACCUUCUCGUCCCGGAUCUGCUCCUCCGAACCCUUACUCCACUUCCUCAUCGCCUGUCCCCUCAUCAUGCUGCUUCUGCUGCUCAUUUCCCUCCUCUGCUUAUACUGGAAGGCCAGGAAGUUGUCACAGCUGAGUCUCAGUGCCCAGAAAGAAAAGGCUCUCUGGGUAGACAUGAAGACUGGACCAGUUAGGCACGAAGAUAAAGGCUACUGAAUCGCAAGGCACGCCUAUGCUGAUGGAGGGAGUGUGAUGGGAUUGGAUUGGAUUGACCGGGGUGAAGGAACUCUGCUUCAGACCUUGGCCAAGUUACCUAGGGACCAGAAGGGACGUGUCGUGGGCAUAUGUUGUUAACCAGAUCCUGUUAAGUGUUCUUUGUGUAUCAUCCAUCUUACUCUUUGAGUCCUCCGGAAGUAGACAGCGUUAUUGCCCCACCUAACAUAGACUUCACCUCCUCAAGGUCCAGCCUCAUCUGGAAAGCAAGGAGCACCAGCCCAGGAGCCUUUGUUCCUCUCUCAUUCCCCUCCAACAUCACUUAUUCCCUGGGAAACAUCAGCUUGGCCCAGUCACAAGGGAAAUCAUUUCCCUCUAGAUGAGUGACACAGGAGAUAUCUGAUGUCAGCAAAGCAAGAGGAAUGAGAGCAUGGCCUUGGGUGCCCAACAUCUGAGUCCCCAGUUAGUAAACAACUUCUUUCUAGGCAGGGCCCCAUUUCCCCCCAAAUCCCUUUACAAAUGACUGCCAAAAAGUGUAAGAGUAGGUAUCUAGUCAAUAUUGGUUCUUUGACAAAAGGGUAACAUGUUGUGGCCUUUUUGGUAUGUUUCUUUGGCUUUGUGUGUUAUGGUUUGGGGGUGGUUUUUGUUUCUAUUUCUAUUUUGUUGAGAAAGGGCCCUGUGAUACAACCCAGGCUAGCCUUGAACUUGAACUCACCGUAUAGCUCUGCACUGUAUAGUCUGGGCUGCCCUCCAACUUACAUUAGUCUUCUUCCUACCAAGGCUGGCCUCUGAAAACUGGGAUUAGAAAUAGGAAUUGGCACCAGGUGGUGGUGGCGGCGGCGGCGGCGGCGGCGGCGCACGCCUUUAAUUCCAGCACUCAGGAGGUAGAAGUAGGUGGAUCUCUGAGUUCAAGGACAACAUGGUCUACAUAG